CGUCAGCAUGGGGUAUGACCCUUCUUCCUUCUCUCCAUCUUGGUGCUGAAAAUACCUUGAUAACCCUCAUCUCAUGAUCUGGGCAGAAAACAUAACCAGGGCCUCUUUUCUCCUGCACACAAAACAUACCCAGCCCUUUCACUGACCUGGCUUCUGAUUGGAGGCUGGUUGUUUUGGAUCAUGACCUCCAGGACCCCUCUGUGGGUUACAGCCUGUUUGCAUAACUCUUACUGCAACUCAAGACGCCUGCAGUGGGGUGUGAGAAAGAGGAAAAGACCAGUAUUUUUACAUCCCCAGGUACCAGGAGCACGGGAGAUUGACCAUUCCAGCUACCUGAGUGGUCAAGGCCUGGCAGCUUCCCAUGCAUCCCUUCCAGUCCGGCUACUGGCUAAGAUGAGGGAUCUUCUUCAGUACGUGGCUUGCUUCUUUGCCCUGUUCUCUACUGGGUUCUUGGUUGUAGCCACUUGGACAGACUGUUGGAUGGUGAAUGCCGAUGAUUCCCUGGAGGUGAGCACAAAAUGCCGAGGCCUCUGGUGGGAGUGUGUCACAAAUGCUUUUGAUGGAAUUCGCACCUGCGAUGAGUACGACUCUAUACUUGCAGAACACCCCUUGAAGCUGGUGCUGACUCGGGCGUUGAUGAUCACUGCAGAUAUUCUAGCUGGGUUCGGAUUUAUUAUGCUGCUCCUGGGUCUCCACUGUGUGAAAUUCCUCCCUGAUGAGCCAUACAUCAAAGUGCGCAUCUGCGUUGUUGCUGGGACCACAUUAUUAAUAGCAGGUGCCCCAGGAAUUAUUGGCUCUGUGUGGUAUGCUGUUGAUGUUUAUGUGGAACGCUCUUCUCUGGUUUUGCACAAUAUAUUUCUUGGCAUCCAAUAUAAAUUUGGUUGGUCCUGUUGGCUUGGAAUGGCUGGAUCUAUGGGUUGCUUUUUGGCUGGGGCUAUCCUCACAUGCUGCUUAUACAUCUUCAAAGAUGUGGGACCUGAAAGGAACUAUCCUUAUUCCAUGAGAAAAACCUAUUCGAAUGCAGCUGUUUCCAUGGCUAAAUCAUACGUGGCCCCUCGGACAGAGACUGCCAAAAUGUAUGCUGUGGACACAAGGGUAUAGGGUGCUGCAUAUCAUUCUGUGUUCGAAUGUUAUUUAAUUAAUCAACCAAUAAUUUCAGGUGAAUAAAAUAGCAGAUAAACUAAGGAACAGUUAUUUAAACUUCAUGUUCAACUAAAUUAAUUGUGCAACUUAAUAAAAAAGUUUAUCACUUAUAGUAUUCUCAUAUUAUUCCUCAUUCUCUCUCUCUCUCUCUCUCUCUCUCUCUCUCUCUCUCUCUCUCUCUCUCUCUCUCUCUCUCUCUCUCUCUUAUUGAGUUUGUUUGUGAUUUCCAUAUUGCUAUUAGACAUUGUGACAUGGUGAUAUUAAAAUAAAGUGACACUUUAAGUAUAGGAAGCAACCUUCAAAAGAUGCCAGAGAUUCUCAUCUUUGAAGAGAUUAACAAACUCUUAGCUCUUCCCCUGGGUUUCAGUUCACUUUUUGUAUUCUCAACUGAGUGAGUUACUGGUAACUUUGUAGAAGAUGGUUCUUUUAAAUUCAGUCUAACAUAUUACCACCUACAAUUGCUAUACUUCUGUUAAAACUGGAGAAAAAAAAGUAGCUUUAUGUGCCAGCUUCUGGUAGAAUUUAAAGAUAAGUUUCGCCUUCAUGCUCCAAAUGUCAAUUAAUAAGAGUCAGUGGCGACUUCCUUUCUCAUUAACAAUAUAAGAGAUCUGUAUAUUAUUAACACCACUCCCUGUUUGCUUAUAUGUUGCCAAAUUAUUAAACUGCAGCAGUAAUAUCUAUAGUUAAAUGAGGAGUUCACUCAUUUAUUGAUUGGACAUUCAAAUAUAUUUUAUAAAUGUACUAUGUUAGCGUUCAAUAACUCAGUUGUCCUCUCACAAUUAGAUCCUUAACCCUUUGCAAAAUAUCUGACAUAUGUUAACAUUUAACAAAUAUUUUUGACUGAAAUAAAUAAAGCUUCAUAACUCUUUACAUAAAUAAUCAAAUUUCCUCAUAAAAUAUGUGCUUUUUCUGGGGGAAAAAAGGAUUCUGUAGACAUUUAAAUCAAUGAAUGAUUGCUAAUGGAAUUCAUUCAUAUUCAUAAUAUAAUCGUCUUGCAUUUUUUAAAUUGUAAAGUUUUUAGAAUGCUUAUAAAAUUUAAUCUCAGCCUCCCCAAUUUCUUGUAAUUCACAUGAAUAGCAUCAAUCCUUUCGCAGUCCCUUAAUGAACUAUGAACUAAGCUGGAAAUUAGUUCUUUGGAAAUGGAAAUUUAGUUGUGAAUUUCUGAAGACUCCAAAAGAAACACUUCAAAUUAAAAAAAAAAAAAAAAAAAAAAUAA